UAGGCUCAACAAGUGGAGGAGGAAUGAAACUAGAGACGCGAUCAAUGCGGAAAAACAUUUCGUCUCUCUUGCGCUGAUUCACUAUAUUCUCGUUUUAACAUUGUCUUUGCCAGCAGGUCUUCCCAAGAUGGCCACUUCUGCAAGUUCCAAGCUCAGCAAACAUGUCAAACAAGAGUACAUGAAUCUACCUCAGGGUGACCAAGUCCAGGCCAUGUACAUCUGGAUUGAUGGCUCUGGAGAGGGGCUGCGCUGCAAGACCAAGACACUGGAUUUCAAGCCAACUUCAGUUGAUGAGCUUCCUGAGUGGAACUUUGACGGCUCUAGCACCUACCAAUCUGAGGGCUCCAACAGUGACAUGUUCUUGAUUCCUGUUGCCAUGUUCAGAGACCCUUUCAGGAAAGACCCCAACAAGCUAGUGCUAUGUGAAGUCCUCAAGUACAACCGCAAACCAGCAGAGACCAACCUGAGGCAGACUUGCAAUCAGAUCAUGAGGAUGGUGGAGGCUCACAGUCCAUGGUUCGGCAUGGAGCAGGAGUACACCAUUUUGGGUACUGAUGGACAUCCCUUUGGCUGGCCGUCGAAUGGAUUCCCAGGUCCACAAGGGCCUUACUACUGUGGUGUGGGUGCUGACAAGGCGUAUGGGCGAGACAUUGUUGAAGCACACUACAGGGCCUGCCUAUAUGCUGGAGUUAAGAUCUGUGGCACCAAUGCUGAGGUCAUGCCAGCACAGUGGGAGUUCCAGAUCGGCCCUUGCGAGGGCAUCAACAUGGGCGAUCAUCUGUGGGUGGCUCGCUUCAUCCUGCAUAGGGUGUGUGAAGAUUUUGGUGUGGUGGCUUCGUUUGAUCCCAAACCCAUCCCAGGAAAUUGGAAUGGUGCCGGCUGCCACACAAACUUCAGCACGAAAGAGAUGCGAGAAGACAAUGGCUUGACGAUCAUUGAAGAGGCAAUUGAACUGCUGGGGAAGAGACACAGGUACCACAUCCGAGCAUACGAUCCUAAAGGAGGGCUGGACAACGCCCGACGUCUCACUGGUCAUCAUGAAACCUCAAACAUCGACGAGUUUUCGGCUGGCGUAGCAAAUCGUGGAGCCAGCAUUCGUAUCCCUCGUGCUGUGGGCCAGGACAAGAAGGGCUACUUUGAGGAUCGCCGUCCCUCUGCCAACUGUGACCCAUAUGUUGUCACUGAAGCUCUGGUGCGCACUUGUAUACUCAAAGAACAAGGAGAGGCAGUAGUAGAUUACAGUAAACAAGCUGCAUGAGGAAGAAGCACCUCGUCUUAUAGUAGUCUACUUGAGCUAUGCUUUUAGGUGGGUGAGGGUUUCUCUUUUUAUACAUACGAAAUCAAACUGGUGUUGCAUCAUAUUUCCUUUAAAUAAGUUUAGACUUGUAUGCAAUUUUUAAAUAUAUGUAUGGAUUAAGUGUUGAUUGUGCUACAGCAGAAUUUGCCUGCUGAGCUUUUAACAUUGACCCCAUGUCAAUGUGGUGAGGUCAUGAGGGUGGACAGCAGCCCAAACUUUUAUAAUGUGCAUCUGUAUUUCACUUGUUAUGAUUAAUGAAACAAAUAAACCACCCUUUUUUACUCCUGUACUGACUCAUACACUAUAAAUAAAGAAAAUUACGCGCAAUACUUGUCCAGGGCCACCUGUGGUCCACAUGUGGAUCAUUGUUUAUCUGGCCCUCUUGAAGUUGAAUUAACUACCAACACUUUUUUUAUUUUUAUUUUUUUGCAAAUGUUGGUACAUCAAUUAACACGCAAUACAGCUAGCUUGGAAGGCCUGCUGGUGAUCAUUGCAUUUACACGUCCUUACACUGUACAAAAUGGUGUUAACUGUGAAAAAACGGCAAUUGUCUAUCCAUCUAUCAGCCAAACAUGUUAAAGCUCACAGAACAAACUUUGUUGAUCAAAUAUUAAAAUCACGAUAUUUGUGAGUGCGAGCUUGUAUAUUUAAAAUGUAUGUGAAAUUAGGCAUUGCACGACCACUGCGUGUUCAGGUGAGGGGUUGAAGUGAUUCUUUCUGGAUUCUCUAGCUGUGGUAUCUAGGUCACAGUUUUGUGUUUCAGGUUUCACAUGGCAUGUUGUCACUAGUUACAUUUCAUAUUCCUUCCAGUUUUUUGAAUAAAUGACAAAUGCAUUCACGGCUAUGCCUUUUAUUGUGCCUCAUAUUUAUUUAUUUACAACUUGAGGCAAAGUAUUCCCAGAUGUUCUGCUUUCGAGUGAUUUUUGCGCAUGAUUCUAGAGUGAAAUAUUUUUUAACAUUUUGAUGUGCUGCAUUUGCUAUUAAAAAGUUAAGUCUUCUUGCAUUAUUGUUCAAUAUAUUUAUAUGUACUGAAGAUCAUCAAUUGUAAUGUUUCUGUCUGAACAUUUACAGUAUAGCUUGAUAGAAUAUUGUAA